AGUAUGUAUAUUAUACAGGUUGUUGGUAUUCUGAAGGCGUUCACAUGCCCUCAUUACUUCCUUAUAUGUCACAAUAGUAACUUGAUUUACAACCUCCUGACAAGGAAUUCAUUUUACAGCAAUUACCAUAAGGUAACCUCGUAUUACUGUUGUUGUUGUUAAUAAGAACGGGCGCUUUUUGUUUCCUUCAGAGCACAACUCUAAACAGCUUUGUAUUUGGACAACUCUAUUAAAAAGACCCCAGGGUGCCAAAGCUCGGAUUCAAGUACAGGGUGUUUAGUAACCGGAAGCGAGCAGCGGUAAAACAAGAUCUGUGAGGAGCCACUGAUUGUGUGAAACCGGCUCGACACGUCACUCCCACUAGGCGGCCACGUGAUGCGUCACUGUACUAACUUGUAGUAGUGAUGCCAUUCUCGCGUGAUGAGAGCCGCGGUUUUGUGUAAGACAAGAGGCUAGGAUUCUAGGAACCUGCAUUUAACAGUUUUGCGAGAGCUGUCUUAACCUAGAUUAGACUUUAUUGCUCUCUACUGUACCUGGAGACUAUGAACAAUGGGUCUGUCUCUCCAUUUUGUUGUUGACCCUCAGGGAUGGUGCUGUGUGGGAGCGAUCUUCUUCAUCUGGCUCUACAAUACUCUGUUUGUUCCAAAGCUGAUUCUGUUUCCCCGAUUUGAGGAGGGACAGAUUUCAGUUGCUGCUAUAUUGGCUUACUACCUGACCUCUAUCUUUUGUGUUAUUUCACUUUUGAGAGCAUCAAUUGCAGAUCCUGGUAAACUUCAAGAUAGUCCAAAAAUCCCUCUUACAGAAAAAGAAUUAUGGGAAUUAUGUAACAAAUGUAAUAUGAUGAGACCAAAGCGAUCCCACCACUGCAGUCGAUGUGGACACUGUGUCCGAAGAAUGGAUCAUCACUGUCCAUGGAUAAAUAACUGUGUUGGAGAAGACAACCAUUGGCUGUUCCUGCAGCUCUGUUUCUACACACAGCUUCUCAGUGGCUACACUUUAGUCCUGGAUUUCUGCCACUAUUAUUACUUCUUGCCACUUAAAGCCAUUAACUGGGAUAUGGUCAUAUUCAGACAUGAACUGGCCUUACUUAGGAUAUCCACUUUUAUGGGCAUUGUCAUGUUUGGAGGCAUGUGCAGUCUUUUCUAUACACAAAUAAUGGGCAUAUUGACGAUCGAGGGCUCGAAAGCCAUGGCAGCAGACCUUCUCAGAAGUUUUUGGCACUCGCUGGAAGAUCCUGUGGUUCAUUCCUUUCAGGCGGAGGCGACCACUGCGAGUCUCCUACUACUUUGCCAAUCACGUCUAAACAGAUGGAUGGUGGGCACAGAUGGGUUCGCCAUGCUGGAAGCAAGUUACAGGUUUUAUCAUAACAGUGCUAUGACAGUCUUCAAGUCAAUUAUAAUCCACCCACCAAUCUUCGACAUCACAAAGUGCCCCAGGCUAUUUUUUAAUAGUGAUCUCAAUGCAGUAGUGGGAAACUGUAUAAGAUAUGUAUUUGUGUUGACGCUUAUAUCCUUUUUUUGUUGUCCUUUUCCCCUCAGGACACGACUCCCUCAGGCUACGAACUAAAAACAUGGAUUGCGGUUUUGUCUAUUAAAACUUUUAAAUGAUAUGCAUUUUUUUAAAAUUUUGAAUCUUUCUUGUUUCUUGCAUUUAAUGAUCUUCGGUUUAUUUCUCCUGUUAAACAAGCAUUUUUUUUUCUUUUUAUUAGAUAGUACAAUGAGAAUGGCUUGAUGGGUUUUUUUAAAAAACUGUUUGAUUUUGUUUCACCAAAUAUUUUCUGGACUUGUGCUGGUCAUAAUGUAUCAUGUACAAAUAAUACUGGAGAUCAAUUGUUUUUCAUAUUAUGUGACAUUUAUACAAAGCAAUUAGACACAAAAGUUACCAUUAUUUAUAUUUCUAUGUAUGUAUAUUUUGCUACUUGUUUACUUUUUUGUGAAAUCUGUUGUGCUUCAGAGUAGUUUCUUAAUUCAUCCUCAUAGCCCAAAAAGUGUUUGAGUUAUAGCACAUGAGUGAUUAUGGUCACAGCUACACAAGAUACAGAGAAUUACCACCGUAUGCUUCCCAGUGCUGGUUGUACUGCCAUAGUUCCAGACCCCUUUUGGUUCAAGCCCUCCUUUAAACUUUAAAAUCAAUUCUGGCACCCUUUGUUUCAUAUAGAGUUAAUUCGGCCAUAGUUAAAAUAUCUACCACAACGUUCACUCCAAAUCUCAUACUAAUGACCUUCAAGCCUAGCUUCCAAGAAAUCUCUCUUCAUAACUGGUGUUGGGAAAAUAUCAUUUGAUCUCAUGGUUCCAGGCUCCCUCUCAGAGUAGCCCUACAAUUUGGGAACCACCGCUGGGCUUUUUUUGUGGCACUUUGCAUUGUUGGAAAUAAACACACCAAAAUUCUCUGUUUUCGUAGUAAUGAUCAAAGCACCUUGUGAGCUUGAGCCUUAGGUUUAAAUGAAAUCCUGAUGGACAAAACAGGGGUCACUAUAUGAUGUUUGUGUCGGUGGAUGUUUUGAAAAAUGCGCUGCUGAUGGGGAUGACUGGUAUCUUUUGUCUUAAAAUGUCUCUUUUUAUUUUUUUUUAUAUAUAAUAUAUAUAUGACUUGUGCUAAAGGCAUGAAAUGUAUACAUGAAAAUGACCAAUAACUGCUAAUGUCAAUCAUAUCUAUAUCUGUGUAUGAAGAUGAUACAUUUGUGGUCCAGAUACAUGGCUAUGGAAAAAAUGUCUCUGUUUAAUAUGUUUUAAUGGUUUUAUAGAGCCCAGACUUGCACGAGCAAAUGUAUAUAAUGUUUUUUUUUUUUUUCUUUGUUUACAACUGAAUAUGGCUAUCCAAGAACAACAAUAAUGGAAACCAAUGUAAAGGGUGCUAUGUUGGAUAGAAUAAGAGUUAUGUGUACUUUAAGGAUACAAUGGAUGCUUGAGGGUUGCUGCCUCAGGAAGCACAAUUAUGUUAUGGCAUAUUAUCUGAUGAUUAGAAAUAGUCUGUAUUUAUACUGUACAUUCCACUCCAUUGUUUGUUGGGGAUUGAUACCACCUAGUCAAUGGUUGUUUAAAAGGAAAUCAGUCAUUGUUAUAAAAUGAACAAUUUUUUUGUUGUUGCAGGAAGGGAAUAUGUAUUAUUUAGCAAUUAUGGCUAUGGUCUGGCAGUGAUAUACAAUAUAACCCUUUCUCUAGGUGCAAGACAACUGUAUAUAAAAACAAUCCUGUGCUUUAAACCAUUCAGCAAAUGUCUUAACCAGUGUUGAUUUCUUUUUAAAUUAUGAUCUUGAAGGUUUGAUUUGAACCCAACACACACACACACUCUAUUCAGCAAGUUGGCUAUAGGAAUAGACUUUGCACUCCAGAUAUUUGUGUCAGUGCCUCAAUAAUGUGCACUUCUAUUCCAACCCUAAUCCCUAUGCAUUGCAUGCUAUGUCCUGGAUAAAUCACGGCAUGUUGCUCUUUUCUCUAUACUUCAUUACUUGGCAAUAUGGUUAUCAGUCAUGUUUCCAAUUCUAUUUCCAAAACAGGAGCUUUAUACACUAAACUUCAGUCGUUUCAUACGUCCGUUCCCUUACACCGUAUAGCAGGAAUCUGCAGUGCAGGUCUCCAGAUCUGGAACAUACUCCCGAGAGAUUGCUUGCAUCAUACAUUUAACACCGCUUAAUGUAAACCAUUGGUAAUAUUGAGCUCAUAUCCAUUCUUUUCAUUAAAACAAAUUCACACCACGUAAUGCAUUAUUCCCAUAUCGAUUCAUGUUUUAACUGCCCAGAUUCCGCUCUACCCAGUAUGUACAAUAUUCUACAGAUUCUGGAACACAGAAUCAUUCAUACAUUUGAUCUGGUUUUAGCAAUGUUCAACUGGUGCUCUUAAUCCUGUUGUACACCUCUUGCCUUGAUUGCUAAAACAUUCUUUUCAGCUCUCAUGUCAAAAUAAAAUCAGUACAUGGGCUAAGA